GGUACGAUUACCUCAUAGCAUCUACCUAUUAUUAGUUGGAUACGCAAGCUACCAUUAACGCCCUAGUAACCACGGAGCUGCGCUGCAAAACGAACGUACGAAAUGGCAAAAUCCGUAGUUCUCGUGUAUUACUUCGUUGCGCAAAUACUCGCCGCGCAAUCCUACAAAAUACUCGGAAUAUUCCCGUCCCUAGACCGGAACAAUUACCUCACGUACCGCGGAUUGUUUCGGGAACUGGCGAAUCGGAACCACGAUGUGACCCUCAUAAGCCACUUUCUACUGCCCGACGCGCUGGCCGGCUAUCGGGAUGUACAACUCAGUGACAAACAUGUUUUUAAAGGACUGUCGUUCGAAUCUGUUAUAGUGAAUGAUAUAUCGCGAGUGCCUUUCGAGACGUUAGUGUCAACUAAAGCGGGGAACGACGACUGCAAGACGCUUAUGAAUAACCAUGAAGUGAUUCACAUGAUAAGAAAUCGCCCUCGAUACGAUGUGAUAAUUGCGGAAUCAUACAAUAGCGAUUGCGCGCUCGCAUUGGCGGCAAAUUUGAGUACACCUUACAUCGCAUUUAACCCUCAGCCUCUCCAUCCUUGGCAUUACAACAGAUUAGGGAUUAACUUUAACUCUGCGUACAUAUCACAAUCUUUACUUCCUUACGGAAAGCAGCCUUGGUUCUUCGAUCGUGUGAAAAGCUUCAUUUUGUAUUAUAUCACAAAUUGGGUGUACUAUAUUGGAUCUCAAGUGACAGAUCACGUGUACCUGUACAAGUAUUUAGGAGAUAAUCUGGAGACUCUGGAGAGCAUAGCGUCGAACGCGAGCGUUGUGUUUGUAAACACACACAAAUCAGUUUUCGGUGGCGUUGUGCGACCUGAUAACGUUGUGGAUAUUGGAGGGAUACACAUUCGACCUCCAAAGGUUAUCCCCACGGAAAUCGAGAGAUUCAUAAACGAAGCAGAACAUGGCGUUAUAUAUGUGAACUUGGGCACCACAGUUAAGGACUCAACACUGCCCGUAGAUAAGUUAAACGAGCUGGUGUCAACAUUCAGAAGAUUGCCUCUGAGAGUCCUUUGGAAGUGGGAUGGAGCCAAUUUGGAGAAUCUGCCAAGAAACAUUAUGACUAUGAAAUGGUUGCCGCAGUAUGAUAUCUUGAAGCACGAGAACGUAAAAGCAUUUAUUUCGCAUGCUGGAAUACUUAGCACUAUAGAAGCUUUAGAUGUUGGAAUACCAGUCAUCGCCAUACCCUUGUUCGGAGACCAGUACGGCAAUGCUGCUUCCCUGGUAGAUGCAGGAAUGGCAACUAUUUUAACAUAUGACAAUUUGCGGAAAGAAUUGCUAUUAGAUGCAAUCAAUGAAGUUUUGGAUCCAACGUGGCAGCAACGCGCAAAACUUGUUUCUCGAAUGUGGCACGACCGUCCAAUGUCUCCCCUUGAAAGCGCCAUCUAUUGGAUAGAAUAUGUAGCGCGAUACAAUGGCCCACCAAACCUUAUAGCGCCAUCUGCUAGCAUUCCGUGGUACUUACAACAUCAGCUGGACGUUUUGGCCUUUGUUGGUCUUGUAUCUUACAUUCUACUGUACGUUUUGUACAAAAUAUUAAGCGUGUGCUGCUGUUGCUGUUGUCGAACUGAAGCAUUAACUGAGGAGACGUUAUCUCAAGAAAGAAGACAGAAAGUUGUUAAGUUUGAAUAAUGCAAAUGUUAAUUAAUAACUCGCUAUCCAUUAAAAAGGAAUUUGAUUUAUUUUUAUGUUCCGCAACUAGAACCAUUGAUGGAGUAAAAUAUUUCGUUGUUGAUACAAAAUGACUAAUUGAUUUUAAUUUUACAGUAAUAGUUGAAGAACUAUGUGCAUGGAUACUUAAAAUUUUGAGCAGAAAUAUUAUGACAGUACGUGUGAGUAGGCUGGUGACUUGAUUUAAGUAUUUAUUUAUAAAUAAACAAUGUUUUUUUAGAA